AUGGCAUCUGGAGUCCCAAACAUAGUGAUUUCGAAGCGAAGAAAGUUUGUCGCCGACGGUGUUUUCUAUGCCGAGUUAAAUGAGUUCUUUCAGCGUGAACUCGCCGAAGAGGGUUACUCGGGAGUCGAGGUUCGAGUAACGCCAACCGUCACAGACAUCAUCAUCCGGGCUACUCAUACCCAAGAAGUUCUUGGUGAACAAGGACGCCGAAUUCGCGAGCUCACAUCCCUUAUUCAAAAGCGCUUUAAAUUCCCCGAAAAUUCAGUUUCUCUCUACGCCGCCAAGGUGCAGAAUCGUGGUCUUUCUGCUGUUGCUCAAUGUGAGUCACUAAGAUACAAACUGCUAAAUGGGCUCGCUGUUCGGAGAGCGUGUUAUGGUGUUCUUCGAUUCAUUAUGGAGAGUGGUGCAAAGGGAUGCGAAGUUGUUGUCUCUGGUAAAUUACGUGCUGCUCGCGCGAAAAGUAUGAAGUUUACCGACGGCUUCAUGAUCCACUCCGGUCAGCCUGCGGAGGAUUUCAUUGAUUCAGCGACUCGACACGUUCUUUUACGACAAGGUGUUCUUGGGAUCAAAGUCAAGAUAAUGCGAGGUUCGGAUCCAGAAGGAAAAGCUGGGCCACAGAAAACUCUACCUGAUUCUGUAACAAUUAUUGAACCAAAGGAAGAGCAAGUCAUUCUGCAACCAGUAAGCACAGAUUAUGGGGCCAAGGCAGUCGCAGCCCAGGCAGCAGCAGAGGCAGCUAUGGCAUCGGAGCAGGUUGAGGAGUCUCACAUCGAAGAAUGA